CCAUUUUUGAUACGACACGACUGACAGCUGCGACCUGACAAUUACGUGCAGCGUUGCCACACCGUUGCGUCCUGGUGGCAUCUGUGCGCCAUCUGAGUAAAAGUUAUCGAUAGGUAUCGCGGCUGGGAGGUUCUACUGCAUUAGCCAGCAGCUGAUACUUUUCCUUGCUUUGUUUACUUUGCAAAAUGGCACAAGCUCAAAGAAUUAAUAAUGCAGACUGCGCAAAAACGGAGACUUUGGAGGAAACAGAUGGCGCACAAAAAACGGAGUCUACACCUACAUUGAUGCUGCGCCUAGAACAGCCGCAUGAGGAACGCCGGGUGGUCUUCCACGAUGGGGUCAUAGACAACGAGCAUAUGAAUCGCAUGAAAUCCAAAUGCUGUUGCAUAUACCGCAAACCGGUGGCCUUUGGCGAAAGCUCGUCGGAAGAUGAUGACGAAUGCGAGCACUGUUUUGGCCAUCCCGAAAAGCGCAAGAAGAACAAGAAGCCCAACAGUGGUGGUGACUCAUGCCCUGUAACUCGGCGCCCGGAUGAGCCAUCCACGUCCGCUGAGGCGCAAUCCGAGCCGGAUCAAGGCACAUCGGAAUCAGGAAUAAGCGCUCAACAACCAGACUUCGAAACGACAGUGAAACCUUCACUUUAAACCGUCUCCCACAACACAAACCCAAAAUAAAUUCGAUUAGGACGUAACAUUUUAAAUAACACGAAACAAUUUGCAUCUUUUCAUUAAAAGCUAACACCAAAAUGAGCAGUGUAUAGAUUA